AUGGAUUAUGGAUCUGCGUCUUUCUGUACCAAGGGCCUGUUGCACUUUGAGAGGGCGGCGGUGGAGUACCAGGAGCAGCUGACGGCCGUCACGGGGACGGACUGCUCCAUCCUGGGCUCUGAGCGCCUGCUGAAGCUGUCCUCCUCCAGUGGCAGCAGCGGAGCGGUGUCCAGCCCCAAGCACACGGGCAACGGCGAGGGCAGGAAGACGGCGUGCCAGUGCUACGUGGCCCUGUGCGACUGGCCCUCGGUGCAGGAGUGGCAGGCCAGCGUCCAGGCCCUCAAGAAGAACUCCUCGCCGACCGGGGUGCACCUCAAGAUGGACUUCAACUACAUACAGGCCCUCAGCCACUUCGAGGACGGGGACUUUGAGCAGUGCGGUGCCCAGCUGGAGCUUCUGCCCGGGGAGGACUGCAGCCUGCUGAGCGCCACCGGCGCCAAGGACAAGCUGGAUCUGAAGCGCCUGCUGCCCUCGGUGCUGAGCCUGGACCCCUCGGAGCUCCAGAAGGCCAUCGAGGUGCAGCUCCUCCGCAGUGCCGUCAGCGCCAUGAGCGUCGCCAGCAGCCCGCCGGAGCACAAGGCCACGCAGAGCACCGAGACGCUGGUCCGCUACCUGAAGCAGACUGGGCGCAUCACCCUGGGCCCGCUGCGCCUCUCCACCCUGACGCUGGCCAGCGGCCUCCCCAGCGUGUCCACCCUGCAGCUGCACUGCAUCACCGCCCUGGACAGCACCCUCACCGGACACGAGGACUGUGUGAUCCCUCUGGACAGCGAGGCCCUGAGCUCCUGUAAGCAGCAUGACGUGCAGCCCUGGCUCCAGGCCCUGCGCUACACGGUGUUCCAGAGGCGGCUCCUGCUCAAGCUCAAAGCUGAUAUAUCAGAGCCGACUCCUGAGAGCAGACAUAUCUGAAACUGUCAGGGAGGAACCAUGGUUACCAUCUCUGAACCGGACCCUGGACUCUCUGAGGAACCUGGGGACACGUCUUUCGACCGGAGGGAGCUUAG